GGGAAUUAUCUUGAAGAGUAUAAAACGAACCAAGAGUCUGGGUCAUCACAGCAUCAGCUCACCAAUGCAAAGUAAGCAUGCCUGCCAUUUUCCUGAUGUCCUUGCUUUUUGGUCUUGCAUGUGGGCAAGCAAUAUCUUUUUGUAUUCCUACUGAAUAUACAAUGCAUAUCGAUAGAAGAGAGUGUGCUUAUUGCCUAACCAUAAACACCACCAUCUGUGCUGGAUAUUGUAUGACACGGGAUAGCAAUAGAAAGACCUUUGUUUCCAGUCAUGCUCGCUUCCAGAAUGUGUGUACAUAUGGAGACUUCAUCUACAAAACUGUGGAAAUACCAGGAUGCCCACACCAAGUUGCUCCUUAUUUCUCCUACCCUGUUGCUGUAAGCUGCAAGUGUGGCAAAUGUGAUACUGACUAUAGUGAUUGUAUACAUGAGGCCACCGAGACAAACUACUGCACCAAACCUGAGAUGUCCUAUCUGAUGGGAUUUUCUGUCUAAUUUUAAUAAUGAUAUAAUUUGCAUUUUGGUUAAGUGUGCUUAUCUGGAAUAAAAUAAUAAAAUAUCGUUAUGUUUCACAA